AUGAUGGAUUGCACGUUUCCGCUGUUCCCGCGGUUUCCGCUUGAGAUCCGCCAGCAAAUCUGGCGCACCGCCCUCGCGCAGUACUGGUCCUUUACCAAGCUCAAGCGCGCCGGCGGUGGAGGCGUCAAGCUCGUCGGCGAGGUCCAUCGCAACGUCGGCCAGAGCUGCCGCGAGGCGCGCGCCGCGAUGCAGACGACGCACGCAGAGACAAGGGCCCUGGGCUGGGUCGACUUUGGCCGCCACGUCUUCUUCUUCCGCGACGCAAAAUUUGACCGCGGCCUGAUGACGGCCCUGGAGCACGACGGCGACGACGAGAUCCUGCCCCUGGUCCAGCACGUCGUCGUCAAUCCGCGCGACUGGUCUCGUCUGUGGGAGACCAUCGACGUCAUCAAGAGCCGCUGCGCCUCGCUGCGCACCCUCGUCGUCGUCGCGCCGUGGUUCGACCCGGCUGACAUGCCCGCCUCCCACAGCGCCCUCAGCUACGCGCCAUACGAGGACUGGGGCCAGGUCUAUGACAAGACACCCACCGAGAUGCAGCUGUCGCCGCUGCGGGACGCCAUCGAGCGCGGCGCCGCUGCCAACUCAGCCCGCAACGACGAGUACAGAGCCAAGCUGGACGAGGCCGCCGCCCAAGUAACAGACGACGACAACGUGGAGGCCUUCGAGCACGUCUUUGGGCGUACGCGGCUCGCGCUGCAGAAGCUGGAGCAGGCCGUGCAAGAAUUCCCCAGCACAAAGCCGAGGCUCUACCUGCGCACCAAGGAGGAGCUGAUCUCUCCGACCACGGUGCAGUGA